AUGACGGCGUACGUACAGAAGGUGAACAAGUACAGAGAGGAGCACGAUCGGGAGACGCUCGGCCGCCAGGAGGAGUUCGUUCAGGUCGAGAUCGAUGACGCCGCCGACAAAUACAAGGCCCUUCUGAGUGCCUGCAGCGCCCACUCUGACAAGCUGACCAGCGUCCACGACAAACACAAGGCAUACACGGAGGCCAUCGCCAAGGCAACCGAGUGGCUGCUGAGGGUGGAGGGUAAGACUGAGGAGGAGGUGACAAAGGCCACAGCCACCGAACCGUCGGAGGUGCAGGACAACCUAGCAAAUCUGAAAGCACUAAAGGUGGACAUAGUGUCGCAGCAGCGGCUCAUAGAGGGCGUGCAGGUAGCGGCGAUGGAGCUGGAGGCGCUCAUCGAGAAUUUGCCCGAGGAGAGAGAUGAGAUGACAGACCUGAUGAAGGAACUCGACACAAGAUACAGCCAGGUCGCUGCCAGCGUCGUUGAGAAGACGUGUUGCCUGGAGACGGUGAUGGUGCAGUCGCAGGACAUCAGGGAGGCUGUGGGUGGUCUCCUCAGCUGGGUGAAGGAGACGGAGAAGUCCCUGCAGCACAUGAACACGAUCAGUCUCAACAGAGAGAACCUGGAGGGACAGGUGCGUGAGCUGAAGGUGCUGCAGUCAGAGCUGGAGACCAAGCUGCCCGGCGUCCAGUCAGUGACCGAGUCGGCUCGCCUGCUGAUGACCACCAGCCCAGACAAGACGCUCAACAAGAAGGUGGAGGAUCUCAACAAGAGGUUGGAUAGCGUUCAGGGCGGGUCGGCCGCGCGUGAAGAGGAACUGGACGAGGUCAAGGUCGAGCUGGACGGCUUCCUUUCCGUGUGCGAGGUCGCGCAGACGUUCCUCGGUGACCUCGCGACUUCGCUCGAAGCGCGCGACCUCGCCAUUGCCGAUCCCACGACCUUUGCCGCCAAGGUCGGCGCACUCAACGAAGUCGCGCUCGAGAAGACGGACGAGUUUGCGAGCGUCGUCGGCACGGGUCAAGCACUGCUGGAACGGCCCAAGGUCGUGGACGCCGGCUCCGUCAAGGACAAACUAGAGAAGCUGCAGUCAAAGUGGGACGAGAUCGACGGAUUGCUGAAGGAGCGACGCGGCCAGGUGGACGAACGACAACAGAAGCUCAGCGAAUAUGAGCUACUGCACGCUCAGGUUCUAGAGUGGGAAACAGCAAUGGAGGAGCAGCUAGAACAGUUGGGAACCGCCUCACUAGAUGUCGCCAGUAUACAGAACUUCAUCGAUACUGUCGAGAUGUUGGUGCAGGAGCACGAGGAUUUCUCAUCAACCGUAGACAAGAUGACGGAGCAGGGCUCACAGUAUGAUGAGAUGGUGCAUGGUGGUGGCGCCGGUACCCUGACGCGCAGCCCCAAGCGAAGGUCACCUAGAGAGCUGAGCGCGGUGCAGACGCAGGUGACGGAGGCCAACCGUCGCUACGACAUGAUCGGACAUCGGCUGAUGGACAAGCAGAACGAGCUGGAAGCAACGCGCACCAACGUGGAAACUCUCGUCACAGACAUACACGCUGUGAUAGAGUGGAUCGAGAACCAAGACGCCGUGUCUGCCUCCGAUCUCCCCACCAGCCUCCAGGACACGACCAAGGACCUGAAAACCUUACAGGUGACCGUGUGA